AAAAAAAAAGGUUAAAUUUUAAAAAAUUGGAUAGAGAAGACAGACGAUAAGAAACUGAUAUAACUUGAUUAGACUCUUGAGAAAAAUCUUCCUUUCUUUACCACAGAGAUCUCCAAAAUCUUAGGACUUGACAACACACAAAAAGAAAAUCCAACAUUGGAACUAACCUAUCCCGCCAAAUUAUUAGGGCUACCAUUACCAAAACCCUAAUUUACAACUUUCACUUCACUUUGCCUAUAAAUCCUCUAAAUCCGGUUUCUUCCGAAGCACAUUAAAACUCAACAGUUGCGUAAUUUCUGGUGACCUCUGCUUCAAACCCCAAGCAGUAAGUGGUGAUUAGCAUUCGAAAAAGAUGAAUCUUGAAUUUGAUGACUCAAAGCGUAUGCAUCAUGGAGUGACAAAACAAGAAAGGGAUAAGAUUCUUCGACGUUUUAUAAAGUGCGUGGAUGGUAAAUUGGCUUUGCAUAAAAAUGUUCCUUUGAACAGAUUCUCCAUCAAGUGUAAAGACGAUGUUGGACCAGCUCCUGUCAUUGGUUGGAUAACCAAUGUGUUGAAACGUCGUGUAUCAGAACUUGCUCUAGACAUCUCUUCUUGUUGGGAUUGGCCUAUGUCUACAGCUAUUGAUGGGUGCGGUACAAUGGUUCAAGAAUUUUGGGAAUCUUGCUCUGUAUCUAGCACAAGCCUCAAAAGACUAACGUUGCGUUUUAAUCAAAUGUUCUUUGAGAAUCACAAGAAUGUGUCGUUUGAUACUCCCAAUCUCUUGUACUUGGAGUAUUCUGAUGUUAUUGCUGACAAGUAUCCUAAAGCGAAUUUUGAUUCGCUUGUUGAAGCUCGUCUCGAUCUUCAAAUGACACAUGAUCAGAUCCAUAAAGCAAAAUUUUCAGAGGAUGAUUUAAUCAAGCAUGAAGGGAUGGUUGGCAAUGCAACUGUUUUUUUUAUUGGAAUUUGUAAUGUUAAGUCCCUCUACUUAUCUGACAACACUCUUGAGGUACUCUGUUUCUGCUGUGAGCCAAUGCCGGUUUUCAACAACCUGAUUCAGUUAACUGUUAAGACUGACCGACUUGUGGGAUGGGAAUCAUUGACCGCUCUGCUCAAGAACAGUCCAAAUCUAGAAACCCUUGUCUUUGAAGGACUUCUCCACAGAUAUGAUAUGAAAUGUCGAAGUGACGAGUGCCUGUGCAAACCUUGGGAGGAGGAGGACAUUCCCACUUGUCUAUCAUCAAGUCCUGUGAAGGUAUUAAAGAUAAUGAAGUUUGGAGAUAUCUAUGAAGAUGAGGACAUGGACAAAAUGAUGGACCAAGUCGAGUACUUCCUUGAGACAAUGCCGAAUCUUGAACAUCUUAUAAUACAUUACGAAACAUCUAUUGACGAAGAUGUGGAGGAAGUAUUAAGCCAAUUUCAGAUGGUUCCUAGAGAAGGUUUAACCGAGUGCAGGAUUCAAGUAAUCUCUGAGAAUCUUGACUUGUCAUCUAAUUAAGCAUCAAGCAUGUUUCCUUUUUCAUCGGUGAAAUGAAUUUCUCGUAUUUUGAAAGAACUUUUCUGGUUUCUUAAGCUCUUUAGGACUCACUCAUGUCUCUUUUUACCAUGUCAAAGCCAUGAGUGUGUCUCGGCUUUAAGUUUGUAAUAGUAUCUAUGACUUGUUGUAUUAAUGCUUUUGUCGGUUGGACCAACAACGUUAACUUAAUGUUUUAGUCCUUUUUUUUUU